CCUCGUUGCGUAUUUCAUCACUUCCGGCGGUGGCGAGGGGACGCGACCGCGCUACCAUGGCGCUACACGUUUAACGUUUUAGUUUCUCCCCUGUGACAGUUGCUAAUCUAGUUUAUGUCUCAUUUUAGUUUACUUUUUAGCUGUUGACUUUGUUUUCUUGAAAUAGCCAUUCUAAAGGAGUAUGUCCGGUGGAAAUAAAGCCAUAGAGCUGCAGAUGCAGAUGCGCCAAAAUGCGGAGGAGCUGCACGACUUUAUCAGAGAUCUUGACAGCUGGGAAAACGAUAUCAAAAAGAAAGACGAAGAGCUGAGAAGUGAGAAUUCUGACCACAUUCAGAAGCAAAAUCUACCACCUGUUAGAAACAAGGACUAUAAAAAGCAGAAGACAAACAGCAACGUGGCGUCCACCAUUACAAAGAACGAUCAGAAGAAAGAAACGAGAAUAAAAUCCUACGACUACCAAUCAUGGGAAAACUUUGACGCGGAUAAAGCAUUAGAAAUGCUGGACAAAGAUGUCAGCCCUGUCGAGUCCGAGUCAGAUUCAGAAGAAACCGGGAUCCACAUUGACAGAGAACAGGCUCUUGCUGAAAAGGAGAAAGGCAACCAGAUGUUUAAAGAAGGGAAAUUCGAUGAUGCCGUUGAUUGUUACACCAGAGGCAUGAGUGCUGAUCCUUACAGUCCGGUUUUGCCUACAAACAGAGCAACUUGUUUUCUGAAACUCAAAAAGUAUGCUGUCGCGGAGUCUGACUGUAACCUGGCCAUCGCCUUGGACAGAAACUACGUUAAAGCUUAUUCCAGAAGGGGAGCCGCUCGCUUCGCCCUUAAAAAACUCGAGUCUGCCCUAGAAGAUUAUGAAAUGGUUCUUAAACUGGACCCUGAGAAUCACGAAGCACAAAAUGAAGUGACGAAGAUAAAAGUGGCUAUGCCCUCGCAGGCAGACGGCAGCCAGGCAAGCGAAACGGCCGGGGAGGAGGCGACAGAGUCAGAGAGUCAGCGGAGGCUCGCCGAGGAAGCGCGAAGACGGCAGGAGGCCGUGGUGCAGAAAGACCGGGGAAAUGCUUACUUUAAAGAAGGGAAAUACGAGGCUGCCGUGCAGUGCUACACCAUGGGGAUGGAGGCAGACGACACCAACGCGCUUUUACCAGCCAACAGGGCCAUGGCUUAUCUGAAGCUCGACAGGUACCAGGAGGCGGAGCGUGACUGCAGCCAGGCCAUAGCCCUGGACGGCUCCUACUCCAAGGCCUUUGCCAGAAGGGGGACAGCCCGGGCGGCCAUGAGAAAACUGAAGGAGGCAAAGGAAGAUUUCGAACAGGUUUUGAAGCUGGAGCCGGGAAACAAGCAAGCAGUGAAUGAGAUCUCGAAAAUCGCAGCCGAAAUGGCCGCCAGUGGUGUGGAAGUGGAUCCGACCAAUCAGAGGAGAAUCGUACAGCCAGUCAAUAAACCCCCCCACCUCCGGUCAAUGAAACCUCUUAAAAGGAUGGACAUUGAAGAAGUUGGAGAUCCAGUCCCCAUCAUUCCUGUAACCGUAGCAACAUGCGGAGCAGCUAGGGGGGCAGCUCGGCCUAUCACCGACACGGGAGCCGGCGGGGAGGGGCACCUGUCAGCAGGCAGCUCUCCCUGCGCUAAGAUCCAGAAGAUAGAGGAGAUCUCACACACUUCCACACAGGCCUCAGAAAAAGGCCUUCCUGAGGACAGUGUGAGCGCUCAGGCACCUUCAAAACCCACAGGGAAGAAGGCGAGCGACCAGCAGGAUCUGCCGCCUUCGGAGGGCGUGGCUGUUCCUACGCUUCCGACGAACAGCUUCCAGCUGGAAGCUGACCUGAGGAAGCUGAGAAAUUACCCUGAGCUCACCUACAAGUAUUUAAAGCAAAUCGAGCCAAACUCAUACUUAAAGAUCUUCCAGAAUUCGCUGGAACCAGAGAUCUUCAACCAGCUCCUGAGAACACUGCAGGCUUUCUACCUACCGCAUGAAGAACCAUCUCUGAUAUUUGACAUCCUGAAGAACCUCUCAGAUGUAAGAAGGUUUGACAUGGCAGUAAUGUUCAUGUCCUCUGCUGAAAGGAAAGUUUUAGAAGAACUCUUUGAUUGUCUUCAUCAAGCUGGAUUACAGGACGUAUCUGUUAGUACCUUGAAGAAGAAAUAUGGACUCUGAUCCCGGAGGUUUUUCCCAGGAAAUUCAGGACCUGCGCAGCCCUGGCUGCAGAUCCCGCGUGUGUCUGACUGCGCAGCACUGGCUGCAGAUCCCGCGUGUGUCUGACUGCGCAGCACUGGCUGCAGAUCCCGCGUGUGUCUGACUGUGCAGCAUGCUGCUUUGGGAAGUGCUGCUGCCGAGCUUGUGGACUUUAUUCAUUUGGCUCUCUCGCCAAACAGUUUUACCGGUGACACGCUGCUCCACUGCAUCUGCAUCUGCAUUUUUCUUCUCUUAUAUGGACUCUGAGGUUCAGAAGCAGCCAAUCAGAAUUGACAUGGCACAGUUCAUAUUGCAUCACAGAACUUCUUCAUGGCCCAGUUUGGCCUCCAGAGAUUCUUCUUUGUAGGAGUUUGACCCUCAGUUUUCUUUUCUUUUCAUAGUUUACAAAUGUAGAUUCCCCACUUGACCUUUUCCACUUACCUGUACCUAGUAGAACUUAGAAGCUGCAGUGCAGGAACUGGCUAUAUAUGCUUAAAAAUUACAGGAAGUAAGGAGAGUAUUGCUGUUAUCCAGCCAUAGAAUAUAAUACAUAUAGUAAAAUAUACAUAUAACAAUCUUGUGUAUUUAUAUCUCAAUUGCAAAAAGUGCGGUGUGAUUUUGUUGCCUUGGGGAGAACCGCUUUUGGUUUCAUUUGGACUGUUACUGCUGCUUCUACAGCAUUUCACAGUCACUUUCAGCAUUUCACAGUCACUUCUCUACCAGUCUAUCCCGAGAGUGUUAAAGGGAAUCCUCAUUUCUGAGGCUGUAAGUGAAUGAGCUCAGUCAUUCAAGUGGAAUGUUCCUUAUUGACUGCAUUUCUUGUUUAUGAAACCGGAAUUCCCACAAUGCAACUUGCCUGCAUGUUCUAAAGACGAAAUCCUUUUACAGGCUGUGGACUGUUGCCAUAAGUUAAACUAUGACAGGUAAUAUAUGGAAAUGUUCUUGCUUUGUCACACCUGUUCUGGAAUCCUAAUAAACAAGUGUACCAGA